AGCGCGCACGGGCUCGGUGAAUCAGGACAAUUUGCAGCACUGUUGAGUUUUCUAGCAGCAUCUUAGAGCUCGUGUAGACAAACCCUUCACCCACCCUCCCCCUAACACCCCCACCAUCUUUGGCCAUGAUGCUUCUCUGAGAGUGGGCUUCUUUUUUUCCCUUUACAGCAAGAGGAAGGAAAAUAAUAAAGACUGAUCGCGUUCUUUUUGGUUUCCCUUUCUACCGAGAGAUGAUGUUUUCGUCUGCAGGCAAGCGCUGCUUCACGAUAGAGUCUCUGGUCGCUAAAGAGAACCCUCUAACGGCGGAGGAUCCCAUCCGCCCGACGGCUUUAAGUUACUCCAACCCGACGACAGAUGCCUUAAUGAACAGUUACCAGGCUCCACCACCGGCCAGGUCCCUCUACCAGAGCCCGGACCUGGUGUUCCCGGAGACGAUGAACCACCCCUCACUAACCGUGGCUCCUCACCAGCUCGGAGGAUCCCACCUACAGCAUCCGCACUUCUUUGGGACGCAACACCGAGACCCGCUCAACUUUUACCCCUGGGUGUUACGGAACAGAUUUUUUGGACACAGAUUUCAAGGUAACGACGUGUCCCAGGACAGCCUGCUCCUCCACGGCCCUUUCGCGAGAAAACCCAAACGCAUCCGGACGGCCUUCUCUCCCUCCCAGCUCCUCCGGCUGGAAAGAGCCUUCGAGAAGAACCACUAUGUGGUCGGAGCCGAGAGGAAACAACUGGCCAACAGCCUGAGUUUAUCUGAAACGCAGGUGAAGGUGUGGUUCCAGAACAGGAGGACCAAGUACAAGCGACAGAAGCUGGAGGAGGAGGGACCAGACAGCCAGCAGAAGAAGAAGGGGAACCACCACAUCAACAGAUGGCGCAUCGCCACUAAGCAGACCAGCUCCGAGGACAUUGACGUGACCUCAGAGGACUAAAUCUGCGGUCCAGCCUCUGACAAUGCUGCCCUACCCCUGCGUCUGCUUGUGACGCAUCAGAGGACCAAUACUAUUUAUUAUGUAAUAUUAUUAAGUAUAAUUAGACACAUUAGAGGAAGACUCGAGGACUUAAUAUGUGAUCACUGCUCAUCUCUUCAUCAAGGUGCUAUACUCUGUGACACUGGGAGGGGUGGGGGGCAUCUUAUUUAAUGAAAUCUCUUCUGAUUGUCUCUGGAUGAGAAGAGAUUCUGACAUCGUUUGAUCAUUUUGGUUGUGUGACAGCCAAACAUGAAGAGACAUGACACCCUCUACCAUGGUGUUUUUGUUGUUUUGUUUUUUUAAAUUGUACAUAGACCAGUGAAGGUUACGUGUUUCAUGAAAGCUGUUUUUUUUGGGGGGGGUUUUGGUGUGGGGGGGGUGUUACCACUUGCUUAGGUCAUUAACACUUCAUCGCUCGCCCUACUCCACCACCUGUGUACCAAGUUAAUUUAAAUUUCUCCUCACUUACAAGAAGGAGGUGAUCCACACUACGAAUCCACCCGGUGAGUCGGAGGACGCACUCGGUGCCAGACCAGAAGAACAAAAACUGGGGAGAAACAAACAAACAAAAAGAAAAUAACGUAAAGGAGCACGCAUCUAAAGAAGAUUCAAAGACCCUGCAUGAUUUUAUUCCCACUUUCACGCCUUCAAAGCCGUCUUGGCUCUUUGUUACACUUCCUAAUGAAGAUUCUUCACAGUAAUGUGACUCUUGGCCAGCUGUGCAUGACUCUGGGACAGAUGAGAAGCUGCAGAGACCUCUGGUGUUCGGGUUAACUUGAGCUGCAUAGUACAAGUUCACAGCUUCGUGCUUCUUCUGCCAUGGCACAUUUGUGAUCGUGAAUGUGUGCAGAUUUCAUCCAGCACUGUGUGUAGUACAAAAACGUAAUAUGACCGGAACACAGUUGUGCGAGCGGAACGUGUAAUUACAGAAAGAUGUUUUAGAAAUAAAAGUAAAAAUUAUUUCUCUGAUGGGAUACGCCAUUUUUGUGUGUGUGUGUGUGUGUGUAACUCAAGUGUUUUCUUUUUAAACUUCAGAUACUGCAAGAUUACAUUUCAUUACAGCCAUUGCAGUUGCAGAUUUGAUUUAUUACGUCUUACUUUCAAACUCAAGAUGCAUGCAAGUGAUGGGAAUGAAAACCCGGCAAUACUGGAGCACAAAUGAAGGAUUUUACUGUUCUUUUUGCUGUAAGCUGCAGCAAGCUUAGGUGGGUGGUGCAAUCCAACAUCCCGUUAAGGUGGUUUCUCUUUGAGAUUGAUGUGUCAGGAAUGUUGCCGGACAGCUGCACAGGUGUCAGGUGUGUUAGCCAUCAGUCUGUAUUUCCUCUGAAUUCCAGCAGAAAUAGCACAGAAAUCAUUCCCAUCCAGAGGCUGAAACUCCUGGAAAAAAAGGAGGGAAAGUAGUUGGCAUUGUGCAGAAGCCUUUUCACCAACUGCCACAGUAAUCACCUGUCAAAGGAAACGGAAGGAGCCUCUGCCUAAUGACCCCGAGGCUUUAGAGAUGAGCCCUGACGGCUGACCCUGAUGACUUGUUUUGUAAGCUAAGAGGCACGGAGACGUACGAGUAAAAUGCACUGCAGUAGUGCUCACUUUUUUCUUGUUUUUUUUUUUUAACAGCGGUGCACAAUUCAUCAGACAUCUGGAGGUGUAAAGGGGCCAUAUGUUUUGUUUUGAGUUCCAGGAUAUCCUAUACUCACUGCAGGUGCAAAUACAUUGUAAGAGAC